CCAACCGAUGGCGUGAGAUAGGGUGCUGACCUUUCUCGCCGAGGCUCGCCGUGGCCCCACACGGCGGCCUCUGCUCGCGUUUUCGAGCCAGGACCUUCGUCCGGGCCCACGGCCGGCACGCCGUCAAAUUUUCUCGCCGAUCCCGCGCGCUCGGCCGCCACCGCGGCGCCUCCGAGAGCGCCGUUUCGACACGCUGCAGCCGCGGGCCGCGGCACCUCGACACACCGCCUCUCGCGCCGCCUUGAGGUGCUCCGAUCGUGCACGCGGGUCGGCUCGGCACGGCGCUCGCUCGAGCCUCGCCGUCCGGGCGGUCCUGCGCGUCCAGAUCUCGGCGACCAUGACCCGCCACGCGCCAGCUCUGCACCUCUCCCGCGCGCGCCCGGCUGCUGGCAUGGCGUGGCGGGCGAGGCUGGCGCGCUGCGACUGGUGGAGCGCCGCGCGGGCAGCGCACCAGCCUCGCACGCACCUCUCCACUGCGCCGCGUGCGCCGCUGGCAGUGUGCUGCGAGGCUCAACAUGUGGUCACAGGGUAGUCACGGUGUGGCUUGUGGUGGCUUGUGGUGCUGAUCGCUGGCUCAACACACCCCAGGUCGAGAUCGCGUGUUGAGACUGUGACGAGAGGCGACGCGCCGCGACCCGCGUCACAUGGACAUGGAUACGGACAAUCUCGGGCUCCCGGUCCGCCGCCCCGCGUCGGAGGUCGCUGUGGGUGUGUUUCUUUUUUCGUCUUCUCACAAAACGCGAGCGC